AUGUAGAUUCCUCGUGAUUAAAUGAGGAAAGGUCUGUAAAAAUACAAUUCGAAUUAUAGAAAUCAGGGGAAUAGAAGACAACAAACACAGAACUUGAUGCCUCCAGAUGUCAUACCAAAAGGAAUGCUAAGUAUGAACUCGGGAUUGAAAACUGAGAAAAAUACAAAAUUAAAUGAGACAGAAACCACAGAUGUAACUCAUAAUAAUCUUGGUUUCAGUCAACAAUUGCAAUAAUAAGUAAGAGUGGAACAUUUAGAUUUGGGAUUCUUCAAAGUCUAACCUUGCAAGGUUAUGGGGAAUCACAAUCACAAGCAAUGUCCCUUCUUUCACAAUCCCAAGGAUCGCAAGAGGGUCGCAGUAGAGUAUUCAGCUGAUUUGUGUCAAUACAUCGAAAAUAAUUCAAUUUGUCCAUAUGGAGACAAUUGCAAUAGAGCUCAUAAUAGAGUGGAAUAACUAUAUAGAGUAGACAAUUACAAAACCAAAUUCUGCUCCUAUUACCCCAAUAAUAUUCUACAAUGUGAUUAUGGGAAAUUCUGUUCGUUUGCUCAUUCAGAAGGUGACAUAGCAAUAGAACUCAUUCACAAUUUAGAAUAUGACGACGAUUUCUUCAUUUUCUAUUACAAAACAGUUUGGUGUCCAUUCAAUCUAACUUAACAUGACAAGUCCCUAUGUGUUUAUGCACACAACUGGUAAGACUUUAGAAGGAAACCCCAAGGAUACAAUUACAUUCCAUAGUCAUGCCCCAAUUGGAAUACCAAUGAAUACAUUACGGAAUACAGUUAUGGAUGUCCAGAUGCUUUUAAUUGUACUAAAUGUCAUGGGUGGAAGGAACUAGAAUACCAUCCCAUUCUAUUUAGAACUAAACAAUGUGUGAAUUCAAAUUGCAAUAAAUAGGAUUGUUCCUUCUAUCACCAUUAAUAGGAAAGGAGAUACAUUGAACAAUCAUCUCAAUCGAGAAUAUUUAGGAUUGUGCCUAGAAAUAGGAUUAUAUAGAAUGUCUUCAAGGUUCGGGAACGAAGUUUGCAGACAUCAUAAAGAAAUCAGAAAUCCUAAGAUACAUGCAGCGACCAAUAAUAGUGGCUCAGCCAUAAUUUGUAGAAUAGUUUUCAAUAUGAACCUGAAUCUGAUACUGUAGUUGAGUUUAAAAAUAAGGGCGAACACUAUUAGACCGCCCUUAUUUCAAUUCUCGAGCGAACAGAUUCUGAAGAACUGAAGGAUUUGAUGAGAAAGAAAUCUUUCUCUGUUGAUAUUAUUGAUGACAACGAGUAGAUUAGAGGAGUCUUAAAAAUGAUAGACUUGGAUUCGUGA